GAGCUACAUAGAGAUGGAGAAGAGGUUCAAGAUCUGGACAUACAAGGAAGGCGAGCCGCCGAUCGUCCACGGCGGGCCCGGCGCUAACAUCUACGCCAUCGAAGGGCACUUCAUCAGCGAGAUGGAGGACCGGCUGAACCCCUUCGUCGCUCACCGACCUGAAGAGGCGGACGCCUUCUUCCUCCCCUUCAGUGUCGUCAACAUCGUCGGAUACGUGUACAGGCCGAACGUCGCCGACUACUGGGGCCCGCUGCGGCGCCUGAUCGCCGACUAUAUUGACGUCGUUGCGGAGAAGUACCCUUACUGGAAUAGGAGCCGCGGAGCUGACCAUUUCAUGGUUUCGUGUCAUGACUGGGCUCCGCACCUCUCGCACGCCAAUCCGGAGCUCUACAAGAACUCGAUCCGUGUGAUCUGCAACGCGAACACCUCCGAGGGCUUCAAGCUCGGGACGGACGUGACGCUCCCCGAGGUGCACCUCCCCGACGGCCGCCUCUCCCGGCCCCCGCCCCGCGACCGCCGCGCGCCCGACGACCGCACGAUCCUCGCGUUCUUCGCCGGCGGAUCCCACGGCUACAUCCGGGAGCUCCUCCUGCGCCACUGGCGGGAGAAAGACGAGGAGGUCGUCGUCUACGAGUACCUGCCGAAAGGCCGGAACUACGACGACUUCAUGGCCAAGGCCAAGUUCUGCUUGUGCCCCAGCGGCUACGAAGUCGCGAGCCCGAGGAUCGUGGAGUCAAUAUUCGCAGGGUGCGUCCCCGUGAUCGUAUCCGUGAACUACCCCCCUCCGUUCGCCGACGUCCUGGACUGGAGCAAGUUUUCGGUAGAGAUACCGGUCGAGAGGAUACCGGAGAUCAAGAGCAUACUGAAGGGGAUCUCGGAGCGCAGGUAUCGGAUGCUGCAGAAGAGAGUGCUGCAGGUGCAGCGGCAUUUCGUGCUGCAUCGGCCGGCGAAGAGAUACGAUGUGUUCCACAUGAUUCUGCACUCUAUAUGGCUGAGGAGGUUGAAUGUUAGGUUGCCCUACUGA